CCAAGGGCCCUGCCCGGGCGAGUGAGCGGCGCCGAGGGGAGGGCCGGCCGGGGCAGGAAUGCGCGGCGGGCGGCGCAGGCGGCGAGCGGCGGAACAUGUAAGGGCACAUCCCGCGAGCUGCCGCCCAGCGCGCAGACGGAGCCCAGAGGAGCGAGCGAGCGCGCGCGCGGCGGGAGGGCGGCGGGCUCACGGGCCGGGCAGGCGCGGGGACCCCGGGCAGAGGCCGGGCGGGGCAGCUCGAGUCGCCCGGAGGAGCCGGUGCGGGCGCACGGGGCAGUCGGCGCGCACGGGGCAGGGCGCGCAGCGGGGCAGGGCGCACGGCCAGCCAGCCCCGGGCGCCAGAAUCCGGCGCUGCGGAGCCGGGAGGGGCGCCGCGCCCGCCGCAGCCCACGGCCUUCUCGGAACCUCGGGGCGCCCAUGACGGCGGCGGCGACGGUGCUCAAGGAGGGCGUGCUGGAGAAGCGCAGCGGAGGGCUGCUGCAGCUGUGGAAGCGGAAGCGCUGCGUGCUCACCGAGCGCGGGCUGCAGCUCUUCGAGGCCAAGGGCACCGGCGGCCGGCCCAAGGAACUCAGCUUCGCCCGCAUCAAGGCCGUGGAGUGCGUGGAGAGCACCGGGCGCCACAUCUACUUCACGCUGGUGACCGAGGGCGGCGGCGAGAUCGACUUCCGCUGCCCCCUCGAAGACCCCGGCUGGAACGCCCAGAUCACCCUGGGUCUGGUCAAGUUCAAGAACCAGCAGGCCAUCCAGACAGUGCGGGCCCGGCAGAGCCUUGGGACUGGGACCCUCGUGUCCUAAACCACCAGGCGUACCAUCUUACCUUCAUGCUCCCCACUACCGUGAUGCCCAGACGUCGUGCCAGCUUGCUUGCUCCUUGGGCUCAUGUGGCAAGGCAGAAGCCAUGGACAUGUGGAGGUGGCAUCGGAGCUGAAGGAAUGGAUGGGGCACAGGGAAGAGGGCAGAAGGCCAUGCGGGGCUGAGGAUGAAGAUUCAGCCCCUGGACACUCUCAGACUCUCAGGACGUAUCCAGCUCAGCGUCUUCUAGCCUCAGGCCUGGACUUAUGGGUCAUGAUGGAGAGCUGGCAUCAAAGCCCCCCUCCCUGCUGUGGUCCUGUCAUCUGUUCUGCAGACUGCUGUUAGUCCCUGGCUUGUGCCAUGCCUGGAAGAGGGCUGUCCCCCAUGGGGUGCUAAGCCAAUGCCUCAGGACUCAGGAAGCGAGCCUGGUACUGAGAGGAGAAACCACCCUGGGAUGGCCCCUGGACUCACCUUGAGGAGGGAAGAGCUGCUGGGCCCAAGGCCCAAACCUGGGGGUCUCCUGCUGCUUAGGUCUUUUUGGGAUCCCCACCCAUCCAGGCCUUCUUUUGCACACUUCUUCCCCCACCUUCUACCCAUCUUCCCCCCACUGCAGUGCUAGGCCUGGAGGUGGUGGGGGUGGGGGUGGGGGUUUGGCCAUUACCAUUUCAUGCCUAUCCCAAAAUGAAGAUGCCCUGCAAAGGGCAGUAACCACA